GUAUAAAAACGCCAUGUAGCAAGACAUUUAUCAUCAGUUGAAGUAUAUCAACCACCAAACCAAUAUUUUUCACUAUGAACACUUUCGUGGUCGUUGCUCUUUUCGCCGCCUUGGCCUGCGCCAAUGCUGGCCUAAUCGCCGCCCCCGCCGCCAGAAUUUUGCAAGGCCCUAGCAGCAGAGCCACCGUCGUGGGCCCAGACGGAAGUGCAAUCUCUGCUGUGGCUCCAGGUGGAAGGAUCGUCGCUAGUCAACAUCCCGGAUUUGUAGCCCACGCUGCCCCCGUGGUGGCUGCCGCCCCAGUCGUCGCUCGUGCUGCUUACGCCGCCCCCGCCGUUGUGGCCCACCACGGUUAUGCCGCCUACGGCGCUCCUCUUGCUUAUGCAGGACAUGGAAUUAUCGCUCGCCAUGGAUUGAUCCUGUAAUUUUUUCCAACAACGUGUAAUUUAAACCUGUGUUUGUAAAUAUACCUUAAUAUAAUUUAAUAUUGUGUGGAAUACA